AUGGUUGUUAAAAGUAACGGGUGUAGAGACACGGAGAUUAGAGACGUAGACUACUCUGAUCCUACGUCUCCAUACUAUCAUGGCACCUCAAACAAUCCUGGCAUGGUGCUGGUCACCACUCUACUGAACGGUGACAACUAUCUGACUUGGAAAAGAGCAAUGACUAAUGCUCUUUGGGCAAAGAAUAAGAUCGGUUUUGUUGACAACACAAUCUUGAAGCCUGAUAAAACAAAACCAACAAAGCUUUUUGCCUGGAAGAAAUGUAAUUCGAUGGUCAUAUCCUGGAUUUACAAUGCCUUAACCAGAGAAUUACAUGACAACGUUGCUUACAUGGAUGAUUCUCAUGUAAUCUGGUUGGAUCUUAAAGAAAGAUUCUCGCAAGGAAAUGCUCCCUGUGUCUUUCAUUUAAAACAGGAAUUAGCUCUGCUCAAACAAAACGACCUCUCUAUUUUAAUGUAUUACACGAAGAUGAUGGCGAUUUGGGAUGAACUCUCAAUUUAUAUUCCAACACCAGUCUGUACUUGCUACACAUGUGGUGUGAUGAAAGAUCUAGUAGUAGAACAUGAAAAAAAUCAUGUUUACCAAUUUCUCAUGGGUCUGAAUGACCACUUCAGUACUGUUCGCUCCAACAUUCUUGGAAUGGAGCCACUUCCAUCUGUGAGCAAGGCAUAUGCCUUAAUUACAAAAGAGGAGAAACAUCAGUUAGUUUCUGGGCAAUGGAACCCAACGAUUGAAGCAACAACCUUCCAUGUAACUGAUCAGGCUAAAGGUGGUUCCAAGAAAGCCAAAGAUCGACCAAAGCUCCGUUGUGAUCACUACAAAAAGACGUUACACAACAAAGAUAUCUUCUACAAACUCGUUGGUUGUCCUCCUAGCUAG